GUCAAAAACCAUGAAGACUCCUGGGAUGCAUUCCAGCAGACGGCGAUGUGUUGCGUAUCCGCGGUGCAGUAUUUAUCUGCGGCCGGAAUCAAAAAAUAUCCGGUCUAUGGAAUCUACACUAGUGGCACUACCGGAGGCGUUAUUCUAGCGUGGCAGUCUGCUUCCUCGCAGAGAACAUAUGUGUUCGAGCACUUCCUCAAGUUCUUUGAUGUUUCGCGUCCCUUGCAUGUAUUUUGGUUUGCAACGUUUCUUCUUCGUCUUCGUGCAAGAGAAGGCACGUGGUUGAAGACGAACAAUCAUACCCAGGACUAUAUGCUUUCUGCGAAUGUGGACUUGCAAAAUAUUGAAUGGAGUCAAAAAUCUCAAAAUACGAAGCGUCGCACGUCCACUGUAGACUGAUUCCAGUGUGUUAUUGGCGUGUUUUUCGCGAUAUCACUGCCUGUAUUCGUUGGUAUCACUUAAAAGUAUCCCUUAGAAUGUGUGCCCCUCGUCUAAGGCUCAGUAAGCAUUUCUCUUCAAAUGACGUCUAUAGGUGUAGCUCGGUCCUGUCUAUAAUUUAGGUACAAAGGAGGGCGAUGUACUAGAAGACAAUAUCAGAUGAACAUGAUGAGUUGAUCUGUGACUG